AUGGAGCAAACUAGCACCAUUCUCGAACGCGAUUUCCCACGUAGUGCAUCAACACCUUUGACAAACAACCCAACUUCGUUGGGAUUUUUCUCGCCAAGACCGAAGUCAACUUCUUUCAGACGUCUGCCAGAUGAUCGUUUGGCACAGUUAAGAUCACAAUCCCAGAGUCCUACUAUGGAGAAUUCAAAGACGGAAGAGGGAGAACCUUCCGUUGAAGGUCGUGGAAAAUUGAGAUACGAUUCUAUUGCUUUGGUUGGACGGCAAUGGGAACGAGGGCUCCUGAAUUCUUGCUUUUCACGCCUUCUCUCAUCCAACAGGGUAACUUCGUCAAAUGGUUCUAUUAGCAGUUCACGGCACUCGGCCGGCACGCACGGGCUUAAAGCGAGACAAAACUACAAAGAAUUGAUUUGGAUUAAGGGAUACUCAGGAGCAGGUGUUUCAACAUUAGCCAAGACCCUCGAGAGAGCAGUUGCGAGCACUCCCCGUGGCUUGCUGAUAGAAGGAAAAUUUGACAGUAAGAGUUCCGAUGAACCAUAUUCUGGCCUUUUGCUUGCGAUUGGACAAAUCUUUCAGAAACUAGUUGGUGGCAAAAUGUCAAUGAGAAGGAUCAUGGUGCGAAGGCGUUCGGGUGUACCUCUAGCGCCCGAUGGGAGCUCGGAAAUGGCACCGGAGGAAUUUACGAGAGUUCCACCAGCAAUGCAAAAAGUAGCUUCUGACAUUGCGGAUGCACUGCGGGCCGAAUUGGGUCCAGAGCUAGAUCUACUGACAACUAUGAUUCCAUAUUUAGAGAAUAUUCUUCGACGAGGACGUCAAGACGACAGUGUGAGAUAUUUGGAGCAGAGUAUCAGAAAUUCAGGAGCGAGUACCAGAGUCACAGACCAGAAACUCAGAGAAUUUGAUAGGAGUUUUCGCACCUUGGAUGAAAGUAACUUGAGUAGCAAUGGCAGUCGCAACGUGGGUAGCAACGACAGUCAAGCAAGCGAUGCCACCGGACACGAUCACCUGGACGAUGGCUUUCAAGCGGGAGAAAAACGACUCAAGUACGCUUUUCGAAUAUUGAUGCGGGUUUUGAGUACCUACUUUCAUCCAUUGGUUUUGGUCCAAGAUGACUUACAGUGGGCUGACGCUGCUAGCUUGGAUGUGCUGGAUUAUUUGAUUUCGGACAUGAAAAAUACAAACCCCAUGAUGAUUGUGGGAUGCUAUCGCUCGGACGAGGGCCAAGAUAAGCGCAUUCUCAGAGCCAUCCGGAACUUAUCAGCUAAGUCUGUGAAACAUCAGUUCCAUGUGACAACCGUUGAUGUUCAAAACUUCUCUGUUCGAGAUGUGAAUCAAAUUGUCUUAAAUAUGUUACAGGUUGACAAUGAGCAUGUCACCCAGCCUCUUGCAGAACUUGUGCACAGACGAACCUUUGGCAAUCCGCAUUUUACGGUGGAGUUCGUAAAAAUGUUGGAUGAUGAAAAGUACAUUGAAUACAACGAAAGAUUGUCGAGGUGGGUUUGGGAUUUAAGAAUGGUUGAAAAGCUGACGGCGUCGACUGACAACGUGAAAGACUUAUUAUUACGUCGUAUGAAAAAGCUUUCGCCAGAUAUGCAGAAGCUCUUGCCCUAUGCGGCUUGUUGGGGAUCCUGUUUUCACGAAUCCUCCUUGCAACUUACUGUAUCGGAACAUGCUGGGAUCAAUAUUGAUAGCGAUAUUAUCAAGAGCAUGGGGGAUCUCCUUGUGUUCUUACAAGAGAACCAAUACGUUGAAAAAAUCGACGAAGGGACGUACAUUUGGGUACACGACCAGGUGCAGGAGGCAGCUUUGUCUUUGAUUGAUCCAUCGACAACCAAAGAGGCCUUUCAGUUUGAGAUUGGUUGCAUUCUAUUCGACGCGCUUGUGAAGAUGGAUAAAACGUCCGUAGAAGUGUCAAUUUUCAACAUGGCCGAUCUGAUCAAUCAAGGCAACGUCAAACGAAGACCAGACUUUGCCCAACUCAACUUGCAGGCUGCCGAAAAAGCACGCGACAUCAGCGCCUUGCGUAGCGCAGCAAAAUACGUGUCCCACGGAAUCAAGUUGCUUCCUUCGGAAAAGUGGGAGAAUCACUAUCAGUUGACCCUUAGAUUGUACACUCUGGGAGCAGAGGUGGAGCUUGCCAUAGGUCAUGUGAAGAUCAUGCAGAAGUACUAUCGAGCGGUCGUAUCUCAAGAGAACUGCACCAAACUGGAUAAGUUACCGUUGUAUAUCUCACAGUUCCACAAACUUUCAUCGGUUGACUUUCGGUUCCUGGAAUGCAUUGACUUCGUUUCGGAGGUGUUGAAAGAGUUUGGUUGUGAUUUGAUAUGGAGUCGCUUUACGGUUGGAUGGCAGGCAAAAUACGAGUUGAGCAAAAUGAGAAGGAUGAUUAAAAGACUUCCAACAGAUUUCCAUGAAGCAAAGCCUCUUAUGACAAAACCAAAGCAUAAGGCAAUUAUGCUGCUACUAUCCAAAUUGCUGUAUGCUUGCUAUGCCGAAGAUAUGCACGAAAUUCAAAUAUUGUGCUCCGCUCGUUUAGUCCAAAUGACAUUGCAGCACGGAGUUCAUGAUGUCUCGGGCUUUGGCUUCACUGUCUUGGGAAUGCUUGUGAAUAAACAUCUCAAGGAUUGGGAAGAAGCCAGUGCGAUUGCAGAGAUUGGGUUGCUUUUGCAACAACGACUUCAGCAUGGCUAUUCUACCGCAUCAACGAUGUACACCGCUCAUAACUUCAUUUUACCUUGGACGCAACCCUUUGAAUCAUCAAUUAUGCCAUUGCACGAAGGAUUUGUUGCCGGAAUGCGGGCCGGGAAUGUUUUGUUUGGAACUGGGUGUCUUAUUGCUCAAUACGUUUAUUUCCCGUACUUUCUGGGAAUGAAUUUGCAAAGGAUCAUGUCGAGAAUACCUGAUUGUAUUCAUCGACUGAGAGAAAUGAAGCAAAUUGAAUCUGUUGCCUUUUUGAACAUGCAGUGGCAGAUGUUUAAGAAUUUGACAGGGGAUUCCGCAGAGUCAACAGUGCUAGAAGGUGACGUUUUCGACCCCAGCAUGAUGAAUCCAUUUCAUAAUGCAGAAACCUACUUUGCAAGGCUACAGCUAUUGAUCUACUACGGAGAUUACGCGAAGGCGGCAAGCCUUUCGACGCAAUGGGGUAAGUCUUAUCAGAAAACCGAGACGGGGCAUCCUUCUUGCAUGACGGAGGCAUUUCAUCGAGGAGUAGCGAAUUAUGCAAUGGCCAGACGAACGAGAAGGAAGAGAUUUGAAGAAGAGGCCUUGAAAGCUCGAAGAUUAAUCGCAAGUUGGUCUGAGAGCGGAUGUCCAAAUGUGAUCCACUUUCAUUUGUUACUGAACGCAGAGCAGGCUGCACUGGAGCUUAGGGACCUCAAAGCAGAGGGUCUCUACAAGGAGGCCAUUAUGAUGGCAGAAAGUGCAGGAUUGAUACACGACGCAGCCUUGUUCUAUGAACGCUAUGCUGAUUUUUUGCGGCAGCCACACGCUACUUCCGCAGACAAGGAAUUGACUGCCCAAAGUCUAAUUGCUGAAGCAAUUGUGUACUAUGAUGAAUGGGGUGCGAAGAGAAAAGUUGCCAUACUAAGAAACAGUGCCGAGGCCAGCUACUCGGCAUGA